CCAGUCGCGCGCCACGCACGGGGGGCCACGCACGCCCUCUUGCCGGCGCACGCGCACCACGCCCCGCUCGCGCUCCCAUCUCUGCAGAAGCCUUUUUCCUGGCAUAAUUGCUUGUUCCCACCAUGGCGGAGAUGGCAGAGCUUUGCGAGCUGUACGAAGAAAGCAACGAGCUGCAGAUGGACGUGCUGCCCGGCGGCGAGGGCGAUAUGGAGGUAGGCCGCGGGGCCCGCGGGCCGGCCCCGGAGGAGGGCCCCAUGGAGGAGGAGGCCGCGCCGCUCGCCGCGCGCGCCCAGCGCGGCCUGUUCCCCGAGGCUGGCGCGGAGCUGGAGGGCGACGAGUUUGACGACUGGGAGGACGACUACGAAUUCCCGGAGGAGGAGCGCUGGAGCGGCGCGAUGCACCGGGUGUCCGCCGCGCUGGAGGAAGCCAACAAGGUGUUCCUGAGAACGGCGCGAGCCGGCGAUGCCCUGGAUGGCGGGUUUCAGGCUCGGUGCGAGAAGAGCCCUUUCGACCAGCUAGCUUUUAUCGAAGAGCUGUUUUCGCUGAUGGUUGUCAAUCGACUGACCGAAGAGCUCGGUUGUGAUGAGAUCAUUGAUCGAGAGUAAAUGCUGACGAAAGAGGAGGAAACUACCUGAGAGGGAGAGAUUCAACAUUUUGCUAUUCUGGGGGCUCAUUCCAAAUAGUUCUGUGCAAAAAAAACA